AUGGAAACGCCCUCAGUAUCCGUUGAAGUCAAAGUGUCCGGCAAAGGCAAAGGCCUCCAGGGGAAAAGGCAGGAGGCCAUAGCAAAAGGAAUUCGCCAUGAGUUCUAUCAAAGUGACCGUGUUAAACAGUUCCAUCGUGCUCUCUUGUUAACGGAAACUCUGAAGGAACGGGAUGACCAGGUGGAAGUGGAACAGGAGAUGGCACACGCUGCCAGUGAGGACUUAAAGAACAUCAUAGCUGAGAUCCGGCGCAUAUGGCUGGAGGCUGUGGAGCAGGACCGGCAGAAACUCAGGAAACAGAAGAUGGAGACGAAGACUGUUGGAGAUUAUGUGAGGCAGCAGAUGAGGGAGCAUGACCUCAUGAGAGAGCAGAGGAGGCAGGAGAAACAGAAGGAGGUGGACGAGUGCCGGCGACUUCGGGAGAAGUAUGAGGAGGAGAAGAGAGUGCUCCGUCAGAAACAGCAGGAGGAGCAGAUGAACACCAGGAAGGCUCACUUUGAGCUUCUCUCAACAACGAGCACCAUCAGAGCACUGGAAGCACAAAAACAAGAGAUGGAGGAAGAGCGGCGAAGGUUCUUUGAGAAUGAAAGGGACAAAAUGGUGAUGAAGAGGAAAGAGAGGAAGGCGGAGAGGAAAAGCGUGGUCCAGAGAUACAAAGAAAUUGUGGCGGGAAGGCUGGCUGCAGAAUUGCAGGAGAAGAUCAGCAAAGAGGAGGAGCACGACACCAGGGUCCUGGCCAACUCCAUUGCCAAGCUGGAAGCUAAGCUGGCCUGGGAGCGAAGGGAGAAGAACGAAAAGAAGGCAGCCGUGCUGAAGACCAUCGCCAUGCACAGAGAAUACAAGAUUAAAGACCUAGAACAGAAAGCAAGGGAGGAGAAACAGAGUGCGGAGGAUGCACUCCAUGCCACAAAGGAGGAAGACAGAAUCUUCUGGGAAGCGCAACAGAUAAAGGCUCAACAAAGGAUGGAAGAGCGCAAGAUUAUAGAUCGCAUCCUUCAUUGUCAAACGGCGGAAAGGUGUGCUCAGGAAAACCUCCUGAAACAGGAGGAAAUGGACUUUGACAAUAAAUAUGAGGAGUUGAUAGCUGAAGAAGAGGCACAGUUCCAAGAAUAUGCAGCAAGAGUUAUCAGCAUGGCCAAAAAGUGCAACAGGAACAUAUUCCCACUCCUCAGGAACACCAGAAAGGGCAUGUGGUGUGGUGUGGGUCCUAUUUCCGGAGGGACAAGGGCAAAUUAUUUGGUUCCUGGUGCCGAUUAUGACCAACUACCCGAUUAUGUCAGCAGCACCACACAAGACCUCAAGAGAUUAUAUGGGACAGUGGACAACCAGCCAGGCACAAAGAAACUGGAGUUUAUAUGGUGA